AUGAACUUUUUCGUUAUUGGCUUUCUGAUCAUGCAGGCAGCAAGAUUGGCUUGCGGGACUUGCGUUUUAGCGUCCGAUUUUGGUUUCAUAGUCGAUUGUAACUUUAAAAAGUCUGGACUAUUUCGUGUACGAAAUUUGGGUGGCCUAAAGGCGCAUUUUGGUCUAGGUUUCAGUUUUGGCGAUGAAUUGGGCUUUCCCGAAUCGCUAGGCAAUCUGGAGGGCGGACGUCGCCGAGCCAUUAGCUAUAAGAAUGGAGCACCGCCCGAUCAGGUGGGUGUUUUACCCUCCAGUGAACAAAAGGCCAGUCCAGCCGCCCAGCAUCCCCUGCCCGAGAAACGCAUCAGUUCACGCUCCACCGGACCUGUGCCCUACAAUCUGCAAUUGCAGCAGCUUCAGCAGGUGGCUUUGGCAGCGGCCAAGGCUCAAGCUCAAGCCCAGGCUCAAGCCCAAGCGCAGAGUCAACUCAUGACCGAAGCUCGUCCAUUGCCAUUGGGUGUGCCGGCUUUUCGGCCAAUUCCGCAAAAACAAAAGACCAAUGAGCCGGCUCCAGCUGUGGCCCAAAGACGCAUUGCCGUUGACUCGACGCAGCCAAGAGUCAGCGUCAAUAAUAAAUUGAUUGACUCCAUAGAGAAACCACACUCGAAUCGAACUUUCCAUGUCGACAAUCCAGUCGUCUCUCAGCCAAUAGCUGUACCUGUUUUUCAAGCCAUGCCCAAUUCGAUUUCCCGCAUUGCGAAUGUGGGUAAAACAACGGCAACGUCAGUGGAACAGCCAGAACAUCGUAUGGUCACAUCGAAUCAUCCGAACUAUUUGCAAUUCGAAGAGCCUAAAUUCGAUUUGAAAGAUGUCACCGUCGAGGAGCUGGCAGCGGCUGCCAAUGUCAGUGUGGAGACCAUUAAACACGCCAUUUAUGUGAGGGAACAGCAAUUGAAGGCAGAGCAACGAGCCACGCUGGCUGCCAAGCUGCGGGAGGAGUUUAUGAGGACAUCGACUGUGAGGACAACAACGACAACCACGACUACAACGACAACUACACCCAGACCACAAAAGUCUCUGGCUGAGCAGAAGGUGUCCAAGGUUAUGAAUGCCCCUAAAGAGUAUUAUCCUGUCGGGUAUGACAAGGAUUUUGAUGACAACUUCAAGUCCAAAGUCGACUUGCCGCCCACAACAUUCUCCUGUGCGAAGCAAAAGCAUUUCCCAGGACUCUAUGCUGAUACCGAUCUGGGUUGCAUGGUGUUCCAUGUGUGUGCCAUCACCGAUGACGGCAUGGUACGCAAGUCCUUCCUCUGCCCGGAGAACACGCUCUUCGAUCAGACAAUACUCAAAUGCAACUGGUGGUUCUAUGCCGACUGCAGCUCCAGCACCAGUGUCUACGACUCGAACAUACCCAUCUCGAAGAGCUAUCAGCUGAUGAAAUCCCUUACCUAUUUCUCGAAAUUCAGUAAUCAGAAGAAGGAUCAAGAUGGUGACAAUGAUGAAAAUGCCCUCGACAUAGACAGUCUACGUGAAUCCAUGGAGGGUGUUGUCCGCCGCAUGGAGCAGAACAAGAAGGCUGAGAGCGAAGAGGUGCAACUACCGAAAGCAGAUCACGAGCAUGUUGUACCCGAGGUGGGAGAGCAACAGCUAACCAACUAGACUAGCCUAUACAUAUAUAGUCCCAACAACUACAAGCCCUAAUGCUAUCUGAGAUCUAGGUUAAGUGUUUACGAUCGAGCUCUUCUGGUCGAAUAGCCGUUUAUAGUCAAAUUCUAUUUGCUUAAGCCUAACGGUUGUCUAUAGUGUCUAUCUCGCUGUCUGGUACUAUCCCCAAAUACCGGUGUCAUUUACUAUUUGUCCUUGUUUUCCUGGAGUUUUCUCGCGUUAGCUGUAGUCUCUACUAUUCUAGACACAUAAGUGGAUAAUUCUCUAGUUAAACAAUGCAAACUAAUUCUAGUGGAAUUCUAAGUUGUGUGCAAGUUAAUGU